AUGGCGGAGAACACAGAUCCUUUAUCGGUGGAUGAACCUUCAGGAGGAGCAGGUCCGGAGGCGGAGGAGGAGCGAGGAGCGGCAGCGGAGUGGAACCGACAGUCUCAGGUUCCGGUGAAGGUGUUACGAGCUCACGGCGACACCGUCACCGCCGCGCGGCUCUGCCUCAACGACCGCUGCGUCCUCAGCUGCUCCGCAGACCGCAGCGCCAUCCUCUGGGACGUGGAGAGCUGCAGACCUCUGCGGAUCUUUGAUGGAGUUCAUGGAAGAACCAUCACUGAGUGCGCUUUGAUCCCAAACAGCAGCCGGAUGGUCACCGUCUCCUGGGAUAAGACGAUGGUGGCCUGGGACCUGGAGACAGGACAGACUCUGUGGAAGUCGAGGCAGGUCGGCCUGCUCACCUCCUGCAGCGUCUCGUCUGACGGCCGGUCGGUUGUUUGUGCCGCAGAUCCGCAGAACGGAGUUUACAUCAGCGACGCAGCCAGCGGGCAGACCGUGCAGCAGGUCAGCGAUCAUCACCGCUCCACCAUCACACGGUGCAGGUUCGACCCUCAGAGCCAGCGGGUGGCCACGGUGUCUGCAGACCGGAGCGUCAAACUGUGGGACCUGCUGGCUCACAAAACCACUGUGUCCAUCGACAGUAACCACAGCAAUGUCGUCUCAGACUGCUGCUUCACCAACAAUGGUCACUUCCUGUGCACGGCAUCAUGGGAUAAAACGUUGAAGCUAUGGGACCUUCAGGCGGGGGGGUUUCGAUCUCAGGGCGGGACGACGCUGCAGAGUGGACACGAGGGCAGCGUGAGCUCCUGCAGCUUCUCUGCUGACGCAAACCUGCUGGUGUCCGGCUCUUACGACAGGACUGUUGCACUCUGGGAUAUGUCCUCCCUCUGUCCGAGUCUCGUCCUGAAGGGCCACAGUGACUGGGUGACAGACGUGGACAUCGGCACAGACAGGAAGUUGGUUGCCUCUGCGUCCAAGGACAGGACCGUCCGGUUAUGGGACAUAGAGAACAUGGAGGAGAUCCCGGAGGUCAUGGAGAAGAGGAGGACCGGAGGAUCAGGGAUUCACAUCCUCAAGUGUGAGGAGUGUGGAAAGCCGUUCCCAGUGUCCAGACUUCAGACCUCGGAGCUCCUGACUCAGUGCGUCUUCUGUCGACUCAAAUCACCGUCCACUUACCGACCGCAGCCUCCACCUCUCAUGUAACUUCCUGUCCAGGAGGUCAGAGGUCAGCCACAGAGCAGCAGCUGGUAGGGAUUCAGCGUCUUGCUCACGGGCACUUAGGCAGUGUUCAUUACAGAAACAGGACAAACGAACAGCACACGGAUGGUUUACUCUCAGAGCCGUCGAUACCUCGAACUGUGUGAACUCCACGUGCACGUGACGGCUGCGUGACGGCUGCGUGAGGAAAUAACCAGAGACUGAACACAACAACAACAACAACAAUGGUGGAAUGUUUUGUUCACACAAUGACUCAGAGCCACAGCGACCUGUCAAUCAAUUCAUCAAUAAGAACAUCGGCAGAAAACGUGAAUAAUCAUUUCAGUUAUAUCUUAAACAAAGACGUCAGAUGUUUGCUGGUUCCAGCUUCUCAGAUCUGAUGAAUACUGAAUAUGUUUGGACAGUUUGGAGGACGUCAUCUCGUUCUGUGGGAAAUUUUAACAGGAAAUUUUCUCUAUUUUCUUUAAAUCCUAUAAAUAAACAGUACACAGGCUCACAUGUAAACGAUGCUGCUCGUCGACCUAAAUGUGGAAUUAAACAGCAAAGACAUGAGCGCUGUUUUUUUUAGUCUUACCAGAAGUGUAGUAAAAGGUUUGUCCUGAGGGUGGCGCUGACAGGAGGACAAUGAGGCCGUUCACAGCUGGUAGUUUCAGAUUUAAUGUCCUGUGAUGUUUUCUGAAUAAAUGACAAUCUGAG